AUGGCUGGCUUCUAUUACCCCAUCAUGACAGGGUAUGUAGCAACUGAGACUAGCCUGUCGGCCUCUGACGUUUGUGAGCAACUUCGGGCCGAGCUCGACUCUGUUAUCGUGCUACCCUCCGAUUACCAAUACUCAAACCUCAGGGCAGAGAGCUGGUCCCAGACCGCCUGGAAACGUCCCACAUAUAUUGCCCUCCCAGCUAGUUCUUCUGACGUAAAGUCCUUGGUUCGCGUGCUCGUCGCCGAGCAAGUGGUUCUAGACGAUGGAAGUGUCGUAGAGGCUACCGAAGAAGACCAUUCUGAAUUAUUUUGGGCGCUCAAGGGGGGUGCCAACAACUUUGGCAUUGUCACCAGCUUCAAGUCCAAGGCCUUCACAAGCGGCCAGAUUUGGGGCGGGAUUAUAGUAUUCACCAUGGAUCAGAUAUUAGAUGUCUUCCAGGCUUAUUACGAAUACCAGACUACUCCAAACAAGGACCUGUACGCCAACAUGGUACUGAACCUCGCCACAAAUAACGACUCCAUAAUUCUCACACUGGUAUACCUCAAAGCUGUAGAGCGACCUGACGCUUACAAGGCUUUCUACAGUCUGACUCCCGUAUUACACCGGACAGGUUUCACGACCUUGCAUGAACUCAUGGGGUCUUUUCCUUCGACAGACAUCCCAAGGUGGACGUGGUACUCGGAGGCAUUCGAGCCUAACAGCGAACUCUUUCGGUCAGAUCAGCAACCUACUUGCGACUGCCCCAGAAAUCGCUGCCAUUUCCAAACUACAGGCUGGCUCCCUCGUUGGUACCGCACAGCCGAUCACUCAAAAUGUCGCACUGGCCGGACAGGAACGCGGCGGGAACGCCCUAGGACUACAGCCGGUGAACCAGACGUGGUUCGCAUAAACAUGGGCUGGUGGGACGCCGACGAUGACAGCGCUGCGAUUGCCGCCAUCGAGUCACUCCAUGCAAAGAUCACUGAUCUGGCAAGGCGUUCCUCGGCAAACUUGGAGUACAUCUUCCUUCAUGAAUGA